CAUUCAGAAGUAUGGCCAGUGGAUGCUGUCACACACAGAGAUUUCUUUCCCUGCUUGCCUUUAAAGGAAGAGGGAGAAUUCCCUGGAAGUCCGGUGGAUAAGACUCUGUGCAUCCACUGCAGGAGACGUGGGUUUGAUUCCUGGUCGGGGAACAAAAAUCCCCCAAGUAUGGCAGGACUGGGGGCAGGGUGAGCUCCAGGGCAGUAGGCUUGGUCCCGUGGGAGGAGGCAGCCACAGCGGCUGUCAGCUCACGUGAGCCUCGUGAGCAGACAUUCCACCAUGUCUCUUAUGAUUGUGGGUUGUGGAUGUCACUAUGGGUGGUUAACUGCUUAGGCUGUAGGUGCAAAGCAAGGAAGAGAGACUCUUCAUUCUUUGCUUUUAAAAGACUCAAACCGAGUUCUCAAAGAACUCUCUAAUACCUAAAUGUUCCUGAGACUGUUACUCGCAGAUAGGCAUAAAUGUGCUAUUAAGUGGAAGGGAAAAAAAAUGGGGCCCUCCUGAGAAUUUAUUGUACUGCCUUUGAUGUCACUAAUUAACUCACUCUGUGUAAGCAGUGACUAGUAACUAAUAGCAGGCUAAUAGAAGAAGCUUCAUGACAUUUUAGAAUUCUUAAAGCUAGGAAAGGUCUUCUUGAGCUCAUGGAAAAUUAGGAAGAUCUCCGAUUUACAGGACGGUUUGCUGGGCCCUCAGGGGCCUGUUUUGUUGUUUGUUGUUGUUGUUGUUUUCCUCUUCCCAGGUACAGGUGGGGCUUGGCUACUGCUUUGUCUAAAACUUUGAAAGCUGGUUAGUAAAGUUGGGUUUGUGCUGGGCCAAGUCAUAGUGUUAACACCCAGAAGCAUCCUUCCCGAGGUGGGCAGGGGUGUGGACCUCUGAUUGGUGUGGGUUCAGAGAGAGGCGAGGCAAGAGGAUGUAAACCCUAUAGGGCAUGCCUGGUGAGGCCUCAGACAUGAAGCUUGUGUGAUCGACCCCUGAUUUUCCAGAUGGCAAGGAGCCCCUAAUUUUUGAAAAGGCAAGAGGCUGCUUGCUGCAGACCCUGGGAGCUCCCUGCUCCCGGAACUCACGGCAGUGUCAGGUUUUGCCCUUCAGUUUAUCUAAAUUCUUGUCUUACUCUCUCUCCACUCUUUCUAUCCCAGGAGCCCCUUUUAAAGCUGUGUGAAGCUCUGUAAGCUGAGUAGUAGGGAGUGAGGCCAGAAAUUGCCUUGGGUUUAGUCCUGUUCUUGGGAGCAAAUAGUUUCUGGUGAAGGGCUGGUGGGAUACUGGUGGGUCAGUCUGGACUAUGUUUUGUUCUUUGGCAAAAAGAACUCUAGAAAUGUGAAAAAAAAAAAAGAUUGUGGUACUCCUACUGCUGGGAUGGAGGGCAUUUUCUACUUCUCUGCUUUCCCCUUGCGAUCUCCUCAUUGAUGGAAGAAGUCAGAGAGAGCUACCCGUUAAUUCUUGAGCCCAUGAUCUUUGAGAAAGGAUUGCCACUUGAAUUUCUCCAAAGCUUCAAAUCCCCCAGCCGCCCUCUCGCGUAGCAGGCCCUGCAGUCGGUUUAAAGGUUGCAGACAAAGCAGAGAGCGCUCUCCGAUCCAUCUGGGCCACUCCCUCUGUCAUCAGUCAUUGUCAAUGGGAGAUGUAUGUGUAGCCGCACAAGGGCGAUGUCUGACCCCAAGGGCAUUGGAAAUGUUCUUAGAGAAGGCAUUGUUUGCUCCUCCCUUUGGAAGCCAGACUCUAAGAUUCCAGGGAGCAGCUUCUGGCUUAGGCAUCUCUGCAGUCAGGAUGGAAAGGGUCAAGAUUCUGCUUCUAAAAACUACAGACACUACCCCCCCCCACCCCACGCCCGCCGCCUCCCCGCCACUUUCUGGCAUAAUUCUACAAACCUUGUGAAUGUACUUAGCCUCUUCUCUUUCGUUUCUGAUCUCUCUUUGGGCAAAGUCUUAGAGAAAAUUCUGAAACAAGGAGGCGAGGCGUUGGGUUCCAUUGGUUUUUUUAUUCAAAGAACAUCAGAAAGUAAAUAACCACAGAAAUAAAAGCUGACAAGAUGCAACCAAUGCAUAAUAAGAUAACAUGAAAUAAUGCUCUUUCCAAACACAGCCAAGCAAUUUCCUGGGGGAAAAGCAGAAAAUGAUGUUCUGUUUCUUCCUUAGAAGAGAGGAAGGUGGGGCUCCAGGCUUGUGGGAGCACACUAAAACCUGCAGUAACACACAGAUGCCAUUGGUCGAGCCUCAGCGUGCGACAGUAUGUAUGUGUGUGAGUGAGUGUGUGUGUGUGAGUGAGUGUGUGUGUGUUUGUGCGCGCGCACACAGCCUGUGUAAGGCAUGCGCCUGUCCUCAUACCUGUGGGGAUAAGAUGCUCCAGGGUACUAAGACCCUGAAGUUGGAUGUCCCACCAUGGAUUUGUCCCUGGGGCCCUCUGGGUUUUUCCCAGAAGUGGUUGUUUGUUGACAAAAACUUAUUUGGAGAGUAUCAAGAAUUUGAAAAUGUCAGAUCAUCAAAAUGUAAUUACUCUCCUCCCUUCCUUUAACUGAUGGUUGUGGGGGUGGAGGCUGAGACUGCACACAAGCCACAGGUAUCAUUCGCCAAACCUGCCUGGGAGCAGACCUCUUCUCAUGUUAACAGGACUUGGUGGCCUAUCAAAGGUGUGAUUAGGGUCUAUAAGGGACAUGGUUGCAUAGUUUUGAUCAGGAAACUGGCCCUAAUGCCUUGUCCUGCUGUAACAUCGGGUUCUGGUGAGGAGCAAGUGAGAAGAUACAAAUGAUAAAGCGAUCUGUGGCAGAAACGGAUUAUUUCUUAAGAAAGGGGAUUGACGUUUGCCGGUGAGGGGUCAGGAAUAGCCCUCCGCGUGUUGAUUGAUUGAGGCUCACACCUAUGUUUUGAUCCAUUUGUAGAUGACUUGAUGAUAUCAUUCAGUUUGGAAAUGAUGAGGUUUCACAAACUCAGACCUUAUUAAACACGGAAAUAUUAUUUUCUUGUUUGAAUCCUAUUCUGUUUGAAAUCUGAGUAUCCACUCUUUUUUUUUUCCUCCUCAACAUUUUGUGGCCUCCGCCCCUCCUCCCAGCCUCCCUGCCUUUUGGGCUCACCGAAAUUUGAGUGCCACUUUUCUGGGAAAGCCUGAUAUUCUGACUUCAGUUUUGUAAUUUAAUGAUGGAGAGUUUCCUUAGUAAACCAAAUUUAGAGUCCUAGAAUGCUUAUCUUAUAUCCAGACCUUGAACAUAAAAGGCAUUUUAUACCCGCAAUUGUUCAUUUAAUGAGCAAUUGCAGAGUGCAGGCCGGUUAAGGGAUUGAGCUAUAUGCACUAUUAUUGCAAGAAGUAUUCCGAAAUACCAGAAAUAGGACGUAAGCUCUGAUCAGGGAGACUGCGAGCACAAUUACCUUCUUUUCAAAUCCUUCUGUGACACUGCGGGAGGAAAAAGGACUUUGAAACUUGAAAGGAAAGAGCUUGCUUUCAACCUCAAAAGCUAGGAGGAAAGGGCUCUGAAAUUUGCUCUGAAUUCCCAAUUCACCAUUAGCCUGUUUCUUCCUUUAGCCUCAAGGCAUUCUCCGCUUUUUGAAAAGAUGUUAAGAAAUUCAGUCACAAUAGAGAGCCUAGUUCUGAACGUGUUUCACUCGGUCCAUUGAGGUCUGGGCUCCAGCCUUUGUGUGGAGUGAAUUGAGCUGAGCGGCUAGCUGGUUGCAGAGAGGUGAAUGAACAGUCGCUGUGCAGUGGCAAAUUCUGGCAAAGAAAGAAGCGCCCCCUCUUCCUUUAUUUUCCAAUAUGCAUUCCUGUACAACCCCGCUAGUGGCCAUAUGUGGCGUCGAGCCUGUUCUUAAGUCAAUACGGGGUCCUUGGUUUAUUGCAACUCUUGUUAAGUUUGUCUUGUAAUUGAAGCUGCUGUUGACCUUGCUUGGGGACCGUUUGUAAAACCGUUUAUUUAGCAUAAACUGAAAUAAUAAACCCUCCUUCUCUGGGGCUGAUUGUGAUAGGGUGACAUUAGUUUGAUUUAAUGAUUAGCCAGCCUGACCCUUCUGCUGGAGAGAGUGCCUUGAAUAGAGAGAGUUCACUCGGAAGCACUCAGAAAGAAUACUAAUGAGCUUGUUAAAUUUAGCAUGGCUCCAACCACUUUUAAUUCCUCUAAUGGGAGCAAGCACUGCCUGGGAGAGGGAGAGGGCCAGGGUGCAGGGAGGCAGGGAGACACCGAGAAUAUUCCUAGCAGGUCUGCACUGCUAGAGAAAGCCCAGCAGAAAGAGAAGUUUGCAGAAAGUAGCUAGCCAGAGCCUGGGACUGAGUUAGGAUGAAAGUCCUGGACAGACCUAUCACAGAGAGAGAAGAAACGCAGUCACUAUGCAGCCACAGAUUGCCCCGGGGCUCAGCAAGAUCAGCGAGGAGCCUUCAACAUCCAGCGACGAGAGGGCCUCGCUGAUCAAGAAGGAGAUCCAUGGGUCCUUGCCCCACCUGGCCGAGCCCUCUGUCCCCUACCGCGGGGCUGUGUUUGCUAUGGACCCCAGGAAUGGCUACAUGGAGCCUCACUAUCACCCUCCUCAUCUCUUUCCUGCAUUCCAUCCUCCUGUACCAAUUGAUGCCAGACACCACGAGGGCCGUUACCAUUAUGAUCCAUCUCCGAUCCCUCCGUUGCAUGUGCCUUCUGCCUUAUCUAGUAGCCCCACGUAUUCUGACCUGCCCUUCAUCAGGAUCUCCCCACAUCGGAACCCUGCUGCAGCUUCCGAAUCCCCCUUCAGCCCCCCGCAUCCCUACAUCAACCCCUACAUGGACUACAUCCGGUCCCUGCACAGCAGCCCAUCCCUCUCCAUGAUCUCGGCCGCUCGUGGGCUGAGCCCCACAGAUGCUCCCCACGCCGGAGUCAGCCCAGCAGAAUACUAUCAUCAGAUGGCCCUGUUAGCCGGCCAGCGCAGCCCCUAUGCAGACAUCAUUCCCUCUGCUGCCACCGCCGGCGCAGGGGCCAUCCACAUGGAGUAUCUUCAUGCCAUGGAUAGCACCAGAUUCCCCAGCCCUAGGCUGUCAGCCCGGCCGAGCCGAAAACGUACACUCUCCAUAUCGCCUCUGUCCGAUCAUAGCUUUGACCUUCAGACCAUGAUAAGGACAUCUCCCAACUCCUUGGUCACGAUUCUCAAUAAUUCCCGCAGCAGCUCUUCAGCAAGUGGCUCCUAUGGCCACUUAUCUGCAAGUGCAAUCAGCCCUGCCCUGAGCUUCACCUACCCUUCGGCGCCCGUGUCCCUCCACAUGCAUCAGCAGAUCCUAAGCCGACAACAGAGCUUAGGCUCAGCCUUUGGACACAGCCCUCCGCUCAUCCACCCCGCCCCAACUUUCCCGACCCAGAGGCCUAUUCCCGGGAUCCCUACAGUUCUGAACCCCGUCCAGGUCAGCUCCGGCCCUUCCGAGUCCUCACAGAACAAGCCCACGAGUGAGUCUGCAGUGAGCAGUACGGGGGACCUGGUGCACAACAAACGCUCCAAGAUCAAACCAGAUGAAGACCUCCCCAGCCCAGGGCCACGGGGCCAGCAGGAACAGCCAGAAGGAACAACCCUGGUGAAGGAGGAAGGGGACAAAGAUGAAAGCAAACAGGAGCCCGAAGUCAUCUACGAGACAAACUGCCACUGGGAAGGCUGUUCUCGAGAGUUCGACACCCAGGAGCAGCUGGUGCAUCAUAUAAAUAAUGACCACAUCCAUGGAGAGAAGAAGGAGUUUGUGUGCCGGUGGCUCGACUGCUCCAGAGAACAGAAACCCUUCAAAGCCCAGUAUAUGCUGGUGGUACACAUGCGCAGGCACACGGGGGAGAAGCCUCACAAAUGCACGUUUGAAGGUUGCACAAAGGCCUACUCGAGACUCGAAAACUUGAAAACACACUUGAGAUCUCACACUGGAGAGAAACCAUAUGUCUGUGAGCACGAAGGAUGCAACAAGGCUUUCUCUAAUGCCUCCGAUCGCGCCAAGCACCAGAACAGGACACAUUCCAACGAGAAACCAUAUGUGUGCAAAAUCCCCGGCUGCACCAAGCGCUACACAGACCCCAGCUCCCUCCGGAAACACGUGAAGACUGUGCACGGCCCAGAGGCUCAUGUCACCAAGAAGCAGCGAGGGGACGUGCAUCCCCGGCCCCCGCCCCCGCGAGAUUCCGGCGGCCACUCACAGUCUAGGUCACCUGGCCGGCAGACUCAGGGAGCCCUCGGGGAGCAGAAGGACCUCAGCAACACUACCUCAAAGCGGGAAGAAUGCCUCCAAGUGAAAACGGUCAAGGCGGAGAAGCCCAUGACAUCUCAGCCAAGCCCUGGUGGUCAGUCUUCAUGCAGCAGCCAACAGUCCCCCAUCAGCAACUAUUCCAACAGUGGGCUCGAGCUUCCUCUGACCGAUGGAGGUGGUGUGGGCGACCUCAGUGCCAUCGAUGAAACCCCAAUCAUGGACUCGACCAUUUCCACUGCAACCACGGCCCUCGCUUUGCAAGCCCGGAGGAACCCAGCAGGGACCAAAUGGAUGGAGCACGUCAAACUAGAAAGGCUCAAACAAGUGAAUGGAAUGCUUCCACGACUGAACCCCAUUCUACCCCCUAAAGCCCCUGCAGUCUCUCCUCUCAUAGGAAACGGCACACAGCCCAGUACCAGCUGCAGUCUGGGCGGGCCCAUGCCCCUCCUCCCGAACAGAAGCGACCUGUCUGGGGUGGACAUCACCAUGUUGAACAUGCUCAACCGGAGAGACAGCAGCACCAGCACCGUCAGCUCCGCCUACCUGAGCAGCCGCCGCUCCUCUGGCAUCUCGCCCUGCUUCUCCAGCCGCCGGUCCAGCGAGGCGUCCCAGGCCGAGGGGCGACCCCAGAACGUGAGCGUGGCCGACUCUUACGACCCCAUCUCCACCGACGCCUCUCGCAGGUCCAGCGAGGCCAGCCAGGGCGACGGUCUGCCCAGCCUGCUCAGCCUCACUCCCGCCCAGCAGUACCGCCUGAAAGCCAAGUACGCCGCCGCCACGGGCGGCCCCCCGCCCACCCCGCUGCCCAACAUGGAGAGGAUGAGCCUCAAGACCCGGAUGGCCCUGUUGGGAGAUGGCAGGGAGCCGGCGGGGACCCUGCCUCCCGUGCAUCCUCCUCGGAGAUGCAGCGACGGCGGGGCCCACGGUUACGGCCGGCGCCCACUGCUGCCCCAGGAUGCGCUGGGCAACGGCGUGAGAAGAGCCAGCGACCCGGUGAGGACGGUUUCGGAGAGCCUCUCUCUGCCCCGGGUACAGCGGUUCAACAGCCUUAACAGCUUCAACCCUCCGGUGUUGCCUCCAUCCCUGGAAAAGCGCAACCUUGUGCUUCAGAACUACACGCGGCCCGAUGGGGGCCAGGCCCGCCACUUCCACUCCUCUCCCUGUCCCCCGAGCAUCACUGAGAAUGUCACCCUGGAGUCCCUGACCAUGGACGCCGACGUGAGCCUGAACGAUGAGGACCUCCUGCCCGAUGAUGUGGUGCAGUAUUUAAAUUCCCAGAACCCAGCCGGGUAUGAGCAGCACUUCCCAGGCACCUUCUCUGAUGACAGCAAAGUGCCCCAAGGCUUAGGGAGUGGACCCGGGGACUUUGACCCACUGGGGCUGCCCGACAGCCACGCCAGCCACACCGGCAGCCAGCAGUACCGCAGCCUGGAGCAGCCCUGCCCCGAUGCCAGUAAAUCCGACCUGCCCAUUCAGUGGAACGAAGUCAGCUCCGGCAGCGCCGACCUGUCCUCCUCCAAGCUGAAAUGCGGCCAGCGGUCCAUGGGGCAGCAGGCCCGGGCCUUCGGGUCGUACAGCCACAUGGGUGUUCACCCACAGAAUCCACUGAGGAGUGGGGCUGGCCCAGCUGGGGGGUAUCCAACCCUUGGGGAGCAUGCCAGCUCCUUCGGGGGCCCGGAACACUUAGUGAGCCACGGUGGCGGAGCUGGCACCAACGGGAAUGCCUUCCACGAACCACCCUAUAAGGCCCAGCAGUAUGGGAACUGCCUCAACAGGCAGCCUGGUGCCCCCGCCUUACUCGAUGGGGCCUGUGGCCCUGGGAUCCAGGCGGCAAAGCUGAAAAGCAUCACCAUGCAAGGGAGUGGGAGCCAUCUGGAUUUUGGCCUGUCGGUGGUGCCGAAUGAGUCAACCGGCAGCACGGUGAAUGGCAUACCCACCCCAGACCCCACAGGGCAGGGGUACCUGGCUCAGCAGCUCCUCGGUGACAGCACACACACCCAGGGGGCAGGCCGCUCGGGGCAGAACCUGCUGGGGCAGGCUAGUGCUACCUCACACAUCUAUCAAGGGCCGGAGAGCAGCCUGCCCGGGCCUCCCAGCAUCAGCGUGCAGCCGCCAAGCGUGGCAGCCGUCAGGGGCUACCAGCCAUGUGUUGGCUACGGGGGCAGCCGGCGCCAGGCUGGGCCAAGGGGUGGUCUCGCUCUGCAGCCAGGACAGUUUAGUGACCCGAGUCAGACCUGCAGGGUGAAUGGCAUCAAGAUGGAGAUGCCAGGACAGCCCCAUCAGCUCUGUUCGAAUGUGCAGAGUUACUCUGGUCAGUUCUAUGACCAAACCGUUGGCUUCGGUCAGCAAGACAUGAAAACUGGUUCCUUCUCCAUGUCAGAAGCCAACUGCCUGCUCCAGGGGGCCGGCGCCGAAAACUCUGAAUUACUCUCCCCAGGUGCUAACCAGGUGACAAGCACAGUUGACAGCCUUGACAGCCAUGAUCUGGAAGGGGUGCAGAUUGAUUUCGACGCUAUCAUAGACGACGGGGACCAUGCCAGCCUGAUGUCAGGAGCCCUGAGCCCAAGCAUUAUUCAGAACCUUUCUCAUAGCUCCUCCCGACUCACCACGCCGCGAGCCGCCCUCCCGUUCCCGCCUCUGUCUUUGAGCACCACCAACAUGGCAAUCGGGGACAUGAGCUCUCUGCUGACCUCCCUUGCGGAAGAAAGCAAAUUCCUUGCGGUUAUGCAGUAAGCAUUAGGGGAAAAAAACGACUGCCAAGAGACCUGAAACUUUAGGAGUUUAAAAGAUUAAACUGACCCUUUUUUGUUUGGCUGAGUUUUUUUAGUUCUGUAUGUAUUUUAGCGAUCUCAUCUCACCUAACUGGGAUGUGUUUCAAGUAUAUUCCUUUUAUGGAAAAGGACUCUGAAAAACCCUAAAGUAUUCUAGGGAGAAAUUGUCUUCCAUUUCAGUUUUGAAUCAGUAUUGUUACACUCAAAACAUCCUCUUAAAAGAAAACUGUAAGCCUGUUCCUCCCUCCCCCUUCUUUUUUUUAGUAAACCGGUGUAAAUGGUGAUGUGCGCGUUCUUUCUUUUCAGAGAGAGGGCAAGUGAAAGGAUUUGACGUGUCUCUCCGUUAUUCCAAGGAACUAGGAAGUUGGUGUGCUUGUGACUAAGGGGUUACACGUCCAGCGUUUUUCCAUUUUCCUUUACAUAUGCUCAAUGUUUGUUUUUGUGUUUUGUUUCUUUUGUUUUUGAAUUCCCACACUGGGCUCAGGAGUCGGAAGUUGGAGAGUGAAUUUGGGAAUCUUUUGUGGGUGUACUGUAGCCGAGGUAACAGGCUUUUGAGAAGCUCCCAACCCCCGUUCAGUUUGGGACAUGCUUCAGACAGAUACACACAAGUGGAAAUUCAGGGCUCCUGUGCAGAGGAGAUACAACUCUGUUUGCCCACAGUUGGGGCUUAAAAUUCUUCCUGUCCAUACAUGUGCUGGACAGGAAGGUGGGCACGUCUAUAUAUCAGUUCUCAGUUGUGGACCCUGCCUCCCCUCUCUGUCUGUCCAGGAGUGUUCAGCGCUGUUCCAGGGGGAGACAGGGAGGAGUGUUGGGCGACGCCCAGACACACUGUUACUUCCAUCUGUUCUGGUAAGAAGGUAGAUAUGUUAUAGAUUAAAGCUAUUGCAUAGAAUUUGGGAAAUAUUUGUGGGUUGGCAUAUUUGUUGAUUAGUUCCAUCUCUCUCCCCAUUUUCAUAGAUAACAGAAUAACUGAGAAUUGAUUAUAUCUAGUUUUGAGUAUAUAGGUACUUAAUCCCACAGCUGGCUAUGUUAUCAACAAUAUAUUAAUUCCACUAUAGCAAAAGAGUAUUUCUAUUCUAAGUGCCCUAUUUUAGGGGACUCAUGAAAUUUGGUUGUAAAAGAAAAGCUCAUAGACCAAGAUAUUUGGAAUAAAUUGCUUCAAACAUUUUCAGUAUUUAAAAACUCUAAGGACACAGUUUCAUAGCUGUGUGGAUACAUUCUUAACACUCUAUUACAUUAUGCAGCCAUUUAAGAAGCUAAGUCUUCUAUGCAGUUUGUCCUUAAGGUGGACUUAAGCUAGACUUUCAGAUGAAAAGGUUUAAAGACUUAAAAAGUGCAGCUACCCCCCGUGUGUACAGUUGCUACACAUAAAAGACAUACCAUGUGUGCACAGGGUAUGUGGACUAUCCAGCAUUUUACCUUUAAAAAGUAUGUAAACUAUGAAAAUACAACAUCAGCACUGCAGUCGACAUGUUGUAUUCUGCCCCAUUCAUCUUGGAGUUAGAUUUAUCCAAUGCGAUUCAUGAGUCCGUUAUGUGUUUUUUCCCCUUUCUGCCAUUUAAAUUAGUAGUGACAAAAAUCAAAUAAAAGUAUGAGAUAAUGGAAUAUUAGGACCAGCUCAUUUUUCUCAGGUUUAUGUUCUCUUAUUUGGACCAAGAAUCUCACGUGGGGUAAAAUUCCCCUCUGAAUUUUAGACUUUUGGGACUUUAGCUGAGACAGUUGGGUUUGCUUUCAACUAGAUGAAAGCAGAGGGGUAUUGAGGUCCUCCCGCUGUUCCCCAUGUGCAGCACCUUCUUUUAAAUCAAAGGAAGCAUCCCCUUUGGAACAGAGCCCCAAAUCAAAAGACAAGCAGUGAUCUGAGCUAGGAGAGUUGAGUCUCUAUCGCUCUUCAGUGGAAAAAUCGAGGCCUUUUCUGUAUUCUUCAAACGGGUCAUGAUCUGGUCACAGAAUCGGCAGUCCAGUUCCCUGAAUCUCAUAUCUAGCUGAACUCAAAGUCCCAAGGUCCUGGUCUGAGCUCGCCUGCUCUUGUGGCUUAACCGCCUUUCUGUCUUCCUCCUCCUGCACCGAGAGCCCUUCCCCACUAGAGUCCUUGGAUGUGCCCUGCAUUUCUCAGUUACCGUAGUUCCCAAAUCACCUUCGCUGUGCGUGGAAGGAUGGAUGGAGACUGAGAUGAGCAUGGUUGUCACCUUGCACCCUUGUUUUUUCCUUUGCUUUCUGGCGAUUCUUCUGGUUGUCCCCUAUCUUUUUCUUUCCAUACUUUGUUUUCCUUGCUCUGGCCUUCAGAUUUGCAGAAGACUCACUCACCUUUCAGCUCAGUAUUUGGUUUCUCUCAGUAUGAAAAUCUCAGAAGAAUGGAGAAGAGGAGAGGUGGGAGAGGAAAGUGUCCUUUUGAACGUGAUGGUCUGUUGCGAUAGUCAGUGAAGAAGAUCUUUUGGGGCCACUUCCAAGUGUUCUGUCUGGACGUGGAUUUCUGUACACUUAGAAUCUCCUGUGAUGGGACCCAUCCCCAGCCUCCAGUCUUCCCUCCACUUCUCUUGUCCCUUGCACUUGGGGAGAUAACACCAACUCACUAUGGUCAUAGCCUGCUUUUUAAUGCAGGCUAGUGCAUGGUACUUUUGUUUAGCACCUGUGUUAAACGUGUUUUUCCUUGUCAAUCCAUUUUGUUUUCUUCUCUAAAGAACUGAUCAGACCGCCCCUGCUCUUCACACAGUGGCUCACACUCUUGAGCCACAGAGUUUUGAUUCUUGCGAUGUAUGUGCCUUAUUUUACGUUAAUGUCUUCGAAGCGAGGGACCAGUUGGUGUUGCCCAAUCAGGGCUUGAGGCUGUGUGCUUGCCACCAGCCAAGAGGACCCGAUUGUAGCAGAGUCUGAGCUGUCUCGUAACCUGACUUCCCAUGUUGUUUUGAAUGCAUAGGAGGAUGUUCUCUUCUGACAAGUUACUGUUGUUGUGUAUCCUGCAAACGUGUAAGAUAAAAUACAAGUUCAUUGUUUUCACCUUUUUUAGAUUUUUUAAAAAAUAAAAUGUGUAACCCUUUUUUUAAAAGAAACAUGUGUAAAUACAUUUAAGUAUUGUAGGCAUAGUGUUUGGACGUGGCCGGCCCCGGGCCUUCCUCGGAUCAGCCUGCAGCCUGUGCGAUGCCCCCCACGCCCACCUCAAGCCUGGGGCUGCAGCGCCCCCAACAGAUGGACUCUACUUCUGCUUUCACAACCACUUAGUCUUUUUAUAACAAAGAAAAGGAACAAUGUUUCUUACAAUGUCAAUAAAAAAAAACUCUUUGUACUGAAA